GUGCUUUAGCGCGUUAGGCUAUGUUUGCAAGUAGGCCUGUCAUCUAUAGGCUGUACGAAAAUGCUGUACCACAUCAUUAUGAAAACAUCUUAAUUUAUUCUAACUGAAAUCUGAUUUCGCAUGAAGAAAGAUUAUAGAGCUUGGUUCAGCGAAUUUUUUGUAUCUUGAAUAUUUGUUUGGUAGAGUGGCUCCCGUGAAGAAGUGGGGCUUGGUCCCGAAUAGACAGACGAGAGAUCAGCGUUUCCACGCUUCACACGAGCGCGCACGGUCUCUGCCGCCCGCUCUGCAUCGAUGAAGUUUGUUCGAACAUGGCGGAUUUCCUGCCGUCCAGGUCCGUGUUAAAUGUGUGUAUCCCUGCAUGUCUCCUCAAUAGUACCGAGGUGGAGCAGCUAAGAAAAUCUAAAGAAAUCGACAAAUGUCUCUCCCGGGAUAAAACAUACGUAAAGCGGCUUGUAAAAAUCUUAUUGUUGGGCGCUGGCGAAAGCGGCAAGUCUACUUUCCUAAAACAAAUGCGGAUAAUACACGGACAGGACUUCGACCAACAAGCCAGAGAGGAGUUCCGAGCUACUAUUUACAGCAAUGUUAUCAAAGGAGUGCGUGUGUUGGUGGAUGCGAGGGAGAAGCUACACAUUCCCUGGGGAUGCCCUGACAAUCACACUCAUGGGGCCAGUUUGAUGGCGUUCGACACCAGGUCAGCGAUAAUGGCCCAGGGCCAGGUGGAGAAGAGUGUGUUCCUGCUGUACCUGCCCUCCAUCCAGGCUCUGUGGGCUGAUACAGGGAUACAGAACGCUUAUGACCGUCGCAGGGAGUUCCAGCUGGGGGAGUCUGUUAAAUAUUUCUUGGACAAUGUAGAAAAACUUGGUGAGCCGAACUACAUUCCCAGCCAGCAGGAUGUUCUGCUGGCCCGGAAGCCCACCAAGGGCAUCCACGAGUACGACUUUGAGAUCAAGAACGUGCCCUUCAAGAUGGUGGACGUGGGGGGCCAGCGCUCAGAGAGGAGACGCUGGUUUGAGUGCUUCGACUGCGUCACGUCCAUUCUCUUCCUUGUAUCUUCCUCUGAGUACGACCAGGUGCUGAUGGAGGACCGGGAAACCAACCGCCUGCAAGAGUCUCUUAACAUCUUCGAGACCAUCGUCAACAACCGCGUGUUCAGCAACGUGUCCAUCAUCCUCUUCCUCAACAAGACGGACCUGCUGGAGGAGAAGGUGCAGAGCGUUCCUCUCAGGGACUACUUCCCAGAGUAUACUGGGCCGGAAAGCAGCCUGCCGGAAGUGCAGAAGUUCCUGGUGGACUGUUUCCGGGGGAAACGGCGUGACACGACACAAAAGCCCCUCUACCACCACUUCACCACCGCCAUCAACACGGAGAACAUACGCCUGGUGUUUCGGGAUGUCAAGGACACCAUUCUCCAUGACAACCUGAAACAGCUCAUGCUCCAGUGACCUGAGAGACCUGAAGCUGACCUGAGUGAGGUUGACCUCUGAGAGAGGGUGAUAGAGCGACCAGGAGGAUCUGCAAGACUCCCCUUCUGUGGUCUCAAUGUUUUUAUUUGGUUUUUACUCCUUGUUGACGAUUGAUUGACUGAGAGUUUUUUCUGAGGCCAGUAUAGGCUACCUAUAGGAGGGACUGAAUCAUGAUGCGGGUUACAAGAACAGGAGCAAAUAAAUGCUGGAUAGGCACUGAUGUCAGAUCAGUGGGAGCCCUGCCUGCUCUGUCUUCCUCUCUGAAAGCACCUACACUCCUAUAACCUGAGAACAGCUCUGCUGUGUAGUAAAAUAGACUCCCACAGCCCCUUUCUAUAGGUCUCAAGAGACUUAUUCACUGCUGAAAUGUGGCCUUGGGAGGUGUGUGUGUGUGUCUUUAUGUUAUUGUGGGUAUGUUUGUGUGUGUGUGUAUGAACAAAUGUUUGUGUUUGGUUAAUCCAAAGUCUUGUUUCCCAAUCAAUUGAUCUGCAUGCUUUAUGAAACCUGUGUAACAAGAAAAUUCAAUUCAAAAAUGUAAUUUCUUCAUGGUCUGGAGCAUACACACACACACACAUACACCAAUACGCAGGGCUAUACGCAGGGCUAUUAUGGCUGUUGGCCUACAGACAUAAUAUAUUCUCAGGGUUGAAUGGAGACCACUGUCAAUUAUGUCAUUAUUAUAAUUGAACUAAAACUUUCUAAUAUAAGUGCCUCAGAGUUGUUCUCUGCCUUGUCUAUCCAGUAACUGUUUGUGUAGGUGCCUGGUAGUAGUGCAGGUGCCUGGUAGUAAAUACUGUAUCCUCAUGGCUUGUGUUCUCUGGAGCUCACACAGUGCUGUACUCUUGGAUGCUUUUGUUAAUAGAUGUACAGAGAUCCACUGUAGUUCGUUCUGUAGAUUUGGAAUAUGACAUGUUUUUGUUCCGUUUCCUGAAUGUAAUACUGUAGCCAGUUUGUAUAGUCACAUGCAGGCCUUAUGUUUAAUUCUGUUUCUCUUUCUGCUCUUUCCACCUUCCCUCUCUGACCUGUCUCACACUAGCUUCAUCAACGGGUCUGUCUUAGUGUAGUCCAAAGGGGUUAAUCAGCUUGGUUGCUUGAUGAGUCCUAGCUGAUCCUCAAUCAGACCAUGCAUGCUAAGGUGGAGUGGAUGUGAGUAUGUGUGUGAUUAGUGUGACUGCCAAAUUACAGUUUCUUCUUUACUGGGAUCAACAGUCAAAGACCCCAUUGAAUACAUAUUUUGCCUUCCCUUCUCCUCAUGUCUGAUCAGCCAUGAGACCUGAGUUGCUGGUACUUCUUACCUGGCCGCCUUCUACAUAUCUGUCUGUACAAUACCCCAAGGUUUAUUGUCAUAUGGUUGUUAUAAAUGAAUUGCAGAUAUUUGUUGUACUUUACUGAAUGUUUCAGAUUUUGCCUUACUUAUGAUUUGUGUUUUUUCUGUAUGCCUUUGUCAUUUCUUCUCCUAAAAUCUAUUAAUUCCUCUCAGAGAUGAGUCUAAUGCCUAACUGUUCCAAUAAAUUACAUUUUCUAAUGGA